AUGGCUUUGUCGGGCGAGCGCCCUUACGACCAGUCCUUCUCAGGUUUCUACACUAAUCAAGAUGAUCAUUGGAGCGCUCAUUACCUUUUCCCUAAGCUCGGCAAGGAAGCCAGCGAAGCAUUCGUCCAGUUCCUUCAAGAUGGGGGCAUAACAACGCCUACGCUAGACGAUGACGUCGAGCAAUAUCUCAAGCUGCAAACGACGCUCUGGAAGAAGUUUUCUCGCGCCAUAGAGCCAGGCUAUCAGUCUGCGAGGCUUUUGAGCGCUACCCAGAGCUAUCGCUGGAGAUAUGAUCAGGAUCUCGCUGAGCAUGCUGAGCAUGUCAUACAGGCCCUCGAAGGUAGAGGAUCUGGAACACGAUAUCAAACAACAACAGGCGAUGUCGUCUUCAUCUUCAUUGAAAAUUCCAAGAAACCCUGCAGCAACCCUUCCUGUCCAGAUACAGAAAGAAAGGCCAUUGAACAAGUUCGAUCCUCCCGUGUCGUCACACUCGAGCCGCUACUUGACUGGGGAACUGUUGAGCCGGCCUCAGAUGUGAUCGUAUCUGGCGGUAGAAUCUUUUUAUUUCGCCGCAACGGACCAAGGAUGAAGGAUCCAUUGUGGACACAGGUGGUUAAGAAGCUGGUGCCUCAGCAGCUACCCACCUACUGUCUGGGCUGCAUCGAAGAGCUUGUUGACAGACAUGCAGAGGUGCGUCUCGUCGAACAUCCUACAUGUGGGUUUACCGGUCAACCUCAAGGAGCUAGGCACUCCCAUUCCCCGAUCCGGCCUAUUCGGCGUCCUACAUCGAAAGAAUAUCUGUACGAUCUGAGAGAGGAUGGCGACUUGGAGGACGAUUGGAACGUUGAAGGGCUGGCCUGUCCAACCACUGGCUCGCUAUAUCUGGAUGGCGUCACAGGCGAAACUCCACAUACAGAGCCGGUUGACUACACAUCCUACCAUAGUCUUGGGAUCUUCCCUACGAUAAAGGAUCGCGGGGCCAAAUGGACGAGUGCGUACAACGUCCUCUUCGUUGGGGACACAAGGAACGUUGGCGAACCAGUUUCUCCACAGUGUUCUCCACGCUCUUUCACAACCCCGCCGGAUUCAAUUAGUCUCAAUCGUGUCUAUACUCCACUCUCAUCCUUGAGCUUCCCUUACAACUCACCACCGCCGACUCCUGAUAAUCCAAAGACGCGCAUCUACAUCCACCGAGAUCCGGAGUCUGUACAACACGAAGAAUACGAAAAGCUCGGCAGCAAGACACUGCUACCAGCCAGUACCCCGGACUUUGGCAGUGGUAGUCGCAGGUUCGGUCGUGAUAUCGACACUAACGCUGUCCGCGGCUUCUUCACCAAUCACCGCACAAGGCGAGAGAACAUGGCCAGAGCGAAGGGCACCGAUAUUCGCAACUUCUUCAUAGUGAUAAAUCCUCAGGGUCCCUCGACACCUAAACGCGCGGUCAAGACCAGACACGUCAAUGACAACGAGACGGACUUGAGCGAUAUACCAUCCGACAUAUUCGAACAGGAAUAUGACCCAGAUGGACCAGGCGGCGAGUAUACACCCGUGAAGAACAAAGGCAAAACAGCGCAGAACAAGAAAACGCCAAGUCCUUCGUCAAAGCCCGCAGGCAAGAAACACUCACCAAAUGCGCCCAUGUACCGCAAACGCGAUCCGGCCACCGAUAACACCGCCCCAUUUGGCGUCACCAAAGAAGCUUUCGAAGUCCACCUCCAGCAUCUCCCCUCUAAAACCGACCCAAUCUGCUCCUGUCGCAAACCCGCCCGUACCAAUGACGUCCAAAUCACGCAAUGCAUGAACAAGGACUGCAAAGUGUGCUGGUACCACAAGGACUGCCUCGAUAGAAUUGGCAAGUUGAAGGCUAGGCACGGAACGUACUUCUGCGAGCAAUGCCAGAACGAGAAGUACUAUGCAGAUCUAUCUCAGGCCAACGGAUGGAGUACGAGGAAGUUAGUGCAGAAUGAGAUUGGGAUGCCGUUUACGGGACAAGAGGUGGCUGGGACGUUUGGAAAUACUGGCGACUUUCAGGCUACUGCGAAUCCUUAUGGUCUUGCGACCACAGGCUCCAUGAGCGCGCUCUCUGCUAUGGCGGAACCUUUCGUACCAAACAGUGCAGCAGCGUUGGGUCGUCUUGCUGUGGGCUGUCAGCCUUCUCUUUGUCUAGCGACUUCUCGCCCGUACUUUGUCAACAAGGCUUAUACCCAGGGACAGGAGAAUGCGCGCAUUGCGGACGAGGACUAUGAGCAUGCGCAGAGGUAUGGCUUCUACCCUGAGCGGUGGGAUGAGGAGGGUGAUGACGGUGAAGAUGAGGACGAAAGUGUCGGCAACGACGAAAAUGAAGACGAGGAUAUGAAUUAG